AUGCCCCAAGAAGCGUCCCAACCCCUUAGGGGAUAUCAGCUGACCGCGUCGCAGGUCGCGUAUCUCAGAACACGCGUCGACCAGUACCGCGACAAGAAGAAGAAAGCUGCGAAGGAGAAGGUGGCGGCCUCCUGUGCUCGUGCAUUAAAGGAGGACUACGAGCAGAUGGUUCACCAAUCCAUGUCGUCGGAGAUGGAGAAGUCGUUGCGCAAGGCCGUGGCGCACUGGCUGGAUCAAAACGCGCUCUCCACCAAGGGCGCCCCCAAACACAUCUGGGGGAUACGUUGGCAUGCGCGCCUGGUGUUCCAGCAUUCCAACGCCCGCGCCAUCAUGUACCUCGCCAGAGUCCUCGCUUCAGGCCCAAACCCCAACAUCCCCAACCUUCGUGAUUUGUAUGAAGAUCCCGACCUUGUCAUCCCCCCAAACGAGACACACACCGAUCUCUUACCCCCCGAGUCCGAUGAGGAGGACGACGAGGCCGACGACGACGACGACGAUGGCGUGCCGGCCACUCCUUUCACCAAAUAUCAAACCGCCACGACACUUCUCUGGGGGGCUCUCACUGAGGCGGAGCGUGCCCAAUACACGACCAAGGCUGAGGAGUGGAGGAUGCAGGGACCGCCCCUCGAGGAGAAGCUCCGAUGCGCAGAUCGUUUCAUUCGUGGUCGAUGUAUGGAUUUCGCUAUCGCUUUACAUAAUGACAUGGAUGCACGCGUUUGGUUGAUGGUUGGCUUCCGCGACUUGAAGAAGGAACCCGUGGCCCUGAAGGUGGAGUUCAACAAAGAACUCGGAGGAUGUAAGGAGGCAUUCUCGUCGGUAUACGCAGAUGAGACUGAUGACUUGGUGGAAAUGUGGAGGGAUUGGGUGAGUGAGGUUUAUGGUGAGGAGGCCAGGGGGGAGACCGAGAAAGGAAAGGUUUCUCGGGUGAGAGGGAGACCGUUGGUGACUCUGGAGUGUGACGAGCACGGGAGACCUCUCCUCCCCCCUCUCUCCGCUCAGCCACCGAGGGUGAACCUCAACACAUGGCUGGGAGACAUCUUUCGCAGCUACUUUACGCGGUACUACGUCAUCCACGUCACGGGUAAAGCCCUCCCGGAGGAGGUACCUCCAAACAGUGGCCGGCUAUCUGCCCCUUGGUCCGCCCUCAAGGAACACAAUGAGCUGUGCUUCGACGAGGAGUGCUUGGACAAAGACCUUUGGGGUCUGUUUAAGGAUCCCGCGCAUAUGAAAGUGGGUCCCCAGAUGAUGUACUACAAACAUCUCUUCGCCCGCCAGGAAGACCCUUCGGUCGAUGAAGUCUUUCGUUUCAAGCUUGCCCCUGUCAGGUCGCCCAAAGGUGCGCACGCUAGCAACGACAUGACCGGGUACGAUUUUGUACCUCCUCAUGCAAGAGAGGAGGGAACGGCCCUCCAAGGCCUCGUCAAACAGAACAAGUCGAACAAGAAGCGUGCAAAGGGCAAGAGGGUUGAUCGUGGUCCAUUUGUAGACGGUGCUGCUUUCGAGGGCUUCUCCCCCGAUCGUCCUUCAUCGCCAGGGGGCUUUGAGGGAUUUUCCCCACCGCCUCAAUCGUCACCUCUUGGGUUUCGGGGGUUUAGCCCAGCUCCUUCCCCCUCCUCGUCUACCUUUUUUGGCGGGUUUUCCCCUCCUGAUUCCCCCCACACUGUCCAAUCGUUGUUCGGUGGAUUCUCGCCUCCACCUUCAUCCCCUCGACAUAGCAAUUUCUCCGGGUUCUCCCCACCACCUCAGUCCCCAAACAGAUCUUUUACUUUCUCGCCACCUCCUCCCACGCCCAAUCAAUUUAGACGCCCUUCGUCCACUCGACCGCCAUCGCCCGCAAGGUUUGCUUUCUCACCGCCUCCUACGUCCACACGAUCUCCGACCCCCGACUCAACUUUUGCUUUCUCUCCGCCUCCUGCCUCGGGCGACGAGCAGCUUGGCGAUGACCUUCCGUCCACGCCAGCAUCCGCAAGGUCGAUUUCAAGAAAUCGACCCCCGGGUAAGACUCCAGGCAGUUCUCGUGUUCCCAAGAACAUUGGCUCCGGUUUGGAGGCCUUACCGGAUGACGUCCUCAAGCUACCUCGCACCACCCGAGCCGGGGAGGGAGGGGAGGGAGGGGAGGGAGGCGAUGACAUAGUUGCUUUGGACUCAUUUUCAUUCACUCUUGCAUUUGGCGUCUUCAUUGUCUCUGGCAUUUCCUAA